AUGGCAGAAAAAGUUCUCGACGAUAUCUCUCACCGGCGAUUCAACCCGCUACGGGGCACUUGGGUUCUUGUAUCGCCUCAUCGAACGAAGAGACCAUGGCAGGGUCAAAACGAAACUUUAAAUAAGGAGAUGCCACUGGAUUAUGACCCAUCUUGCUACCUCUGUCCAGGGAAUAAGCGGGCUCAGGGCGACAUUAAUCCGAAAUAUAAUGAGACUUUUAUGUUUUUGAAUGACUAUAGUGCUGUUAAGGAAGCACAGCCUAUUUACCAUCCUGAAGAAGACGAAGAUGAUAGCUCUUCUCUACUACUGCGUGCCGAAGGUGUCACUGGAAAAUGCUUCGUCCUGGCUUUUUCACCGACUCACAGCCAAACUCUAGCUGACCUAUCGCCCAAGCAGAUUCUACCCGUAAUCCAAAAAUGGACUGAGGUCUACGCGGCACACUUAGACCCAAGCUCUCAGGCAAAACUUCCUUCCUUCUCAUCGGGCAAGGCACCUGCUUCACAAUAUCGCUGGAUGCAGAUCUUUGAAAAUAAGGGUGCGGUAAUGGGCUGUUCAAACCCCCAUCCCCAUUGUCAAAUUUGGACGACGAGUCAUUUGCCAGAAGAGCCUGCUCAAGAAAUUGCACAAAUGCAAAAGUACAGAAAUGAAAAGAACGGCUGCAACCUACUCGUCGAUUACGUCGCGCUAGAGCUUAAAAAGGACGAGCGUGUUGUAUUCCAAAACAAAAGUUUUGUUGUUCUGUGUCCUUGGUGGGCAACUUGGCCAUUCGAGGUCAUGAUUGUUGCCAAACAACAUAAACGCGCCCUAACAGAUCUUGAUGAACUUGAAAAGCUUGAUUUUGCAGAGGCAAUUGCCGAAGUUACUAGGCGAUACGAUAAUCUCUUUCAAACUAAGUUCCCAUACAGCUCGGGUAUACAUCAAGCCCCUCUCACGGGCACAUAUGAAGAAAUCUCAUGUUCUCAAAUCCAUAUGCAUUUUUACCCGCCACUACUCCGGAGUGCAACAGUUAAAAAGUUCCUGGUCGGCUACGAACUCAUGGCUGAGCCUCAACGGGAUAUCACCCCUGAGCAGGCCACUAAAAAGCUUAGAGAUGAAUGUGGUGGUAAACUCUAUCGAAAAGAAUUGGAGUAA